UUGAGAAAACUUGCUGAAGAUUACAAAGAUUGUUUUCCAAACAAAGUCUUGAAUACAAUCCAGCAUAACUUCUAUGUAGAUGACUGUUUAACAUCUGUUCCCACUGAAGUGGAGGCACUUCACAUGGUUAAAGACUUAACUGCAGUCUGUUCUAAAGGAGGAUUCCAGCUAUCCAAAUGGAUGAGUAAUAGCCGUAAGGUAUUAGCAAGUAUUCCAGAAGAACGUCUGUCAAAAGCAACCAAAGAUCUCAACCUGGAUAAAGACAAUCUGCCUGUAGAAAGAACGCUUGGGUUGCACUGGUGUGUGGAAUCGGAUGCAUUUAUGUUUAAGAUUGCCAUAAGCGAAAGACCACACACAAGACGAGGCAUUUUGUCAGUUAUCAGUUCAAUCUACGAUCCUUUGGGAUUUCUCUCACCGCUACUACUGCCUUCGAAGUUGUUGUUGCAGGAGUUAUGUAGAAGAAACAUUGGAUGGGACAAUGAAAUGCCACAGUCACUUUUAUGUCAGUGGUCAGAGUGGCUGCAAGAUCUCAACAAGGUAGCUAUGGUAAAGGUGGACAGAUGUAUCAAGCCGAAGGAGUUUGGAAAGAUCGAGUUGGCUCAAUUGCAUCACUUUUCAGAUGCAAGUGAAUGUGGUUAUGGAACAGUCUCUUACUUGCGUCUGGAAGAUGAAAACAAAGAAGUGAGACUUUCCUUUAUGCUUGGAAAAUCUAGAGUUGCUCCUUUAAAGCAGAUAACCAUACCCAGACUUGAACUUGCAGCUGCUGUUUUAGCAGUCAAAAUUGACAAGAUGCUCAAGAAGGAACUUCAACUGGAUUUGGCCAAAUCAGUGUUUUGGACGGACAGCCAAACUGUAUUGAAAUACAUAGCCAAUGAUGCCAAGAGGUUUCAUACAUUUGACAAGACAAAUAGAGUGUCAGUCAUCAGGGAUGCAACAGAUGUUGUACAAUGGAGACAUAUUGGAACAAAAUUAAAUCCUGCUGAUGAUGCCUCUAGAGGCAUGUCCAUUGAACAUUUUUUGAAAGCCAACAGAUGGAUACAAGGUCCAGACUUUCUAUUGGACGUCCCAGAGAAAUGGCCUCAUUCGUAUAUUGACCGAGGCUUAAAGGAUGAUCCAGAGGUUAAAAAGGACACAGUGGUAGUAGCUGCCAUUUCCAAAUGUUCUGACAGUGCCACUCAUCAACUUUUGAACUCUUUUUCUGAUUGGAGAAAAUUGAAAACUGCAGUGGCAUGGGUUUUAAAGUUCAAAGAAGUGCUUUUGAAGCUCAAGCAACACAGAAAGUUUAUUCCAGUCCUCAUUUACUUCUGGGACUAA